GCUGCUUCGCUUUUCCCUUCCGCGUAUAGAUCAGAAACACAUUACCACUCUAGCCCAACCCCCUUGCUCUAUUCUGUGGAACCCAGCCACUUGCACCGCCACACACUGAUUAGUCACUUCCUUUACCAUUAACGUCGAGUCCAGCUUCAUCGCCUUUCCAACAACCCUUCCGAGAGCACCAUAACACCAUGGGCUCCGACGAUUAUGCUGCUGUCGGUGGUGGUGGUGCCCUGAAACUCAAGGGCGCCAAAAUAAACAAGAAAAAGAAGAAGCGCGAUAAGACCGAUCUUGAAAAGAACCUCGAUAGUGGAAACAAGGACGAAGAGAAGAGAAAGAAGAAGAAGAGUGAGGAUGGAGAAGAGCAAGAGCCCCACGGUGAGGAUGAUGAGGACAACCCCGAAGUUCAAAAGACGGAGGCUCAAAAGCGCCACGAAGAGAUAAAAAAGAAGAGGCUGCUCAAACUCGCCGAGUCUUCAAGUUCCCGACCCGAACUUCUCAAAACACAUAAGGAGCGUGUCGAAGAGCUCAAUACUUACCUGUCUAGACUGAGCGAGCAUCACGAUAUGCCCAGGAUUGGCCCUGGUUAAGGAUAUCAGGACAGGAGGUUGAGUUGGUGGCGAACAUGUGUAGGCGGAUGGCUUGGAGUUGUUGGCGCUUUUAGUUAUAUCCUCGAAUCAAAUACAUUAUUCCCACAAAUCAUUUCUGUUGUAUUGAUAUACAGCAUAAUCAGAAUCGGUUACGCCUGGACGCGCGUAAUGUUCACCCCGUGCCGGGC